AUGGCGGCCUCACGCCACGCUGCUGGAGGGGCUAUCGAGAUCUCGGAUGACGAUGCGACAUCGGGAACUCCUGAGCCCCAGCGCCCUGCCGAUAUGACCGCACCCGCGUACAAGAAGCGGAAGCUCAGCAACGAACUGGCCGCCGAGAAGGUGGAGUGGACUGACGACUCGGACGGCGAGUAUGAGCGCCUCCUCAAGAACCGCAAGCGCAAGACGGCAGCGAGAGGAAGAAAGAAGGCAGACAACAAGGCUACCCGGUCAGCCAAUACUAGAGACGGGGCAGGAUCGUCGCGAGCUCAGGCUAGCACAUCCGUCAAGCAAGAGGACCCGUAUGAUGCUGUCGACCUACCAGAUUACAUUCGGCGGAGGCGGAAAGACUUUGAGGAGAAUCGCAAGGUCCUCAAGGAAGCUGGUCUGCGCCUUCCGCCUGAUUACUCCGAGAUAGAGUUCUCCGACGACGAGCAGCUCGCAACUUUGGAGGAGAAACCCGUCUUUGACGAGGCAAGCGGUAUAAAGCCGUCGCGCGAAUACAAGGACGUUGAACUCGAGUACUCGGCGGGUCUCAUACCGGCAUCUAUCGCGCAGUACCUCCGAGACUACCAGAUCGUGGGCGUCAAGUUCCUGCACCAGCUGUUCGUGUACCAGAAAGGCGGCAUCCUCGGCGACGACAUGGGCCUCGGAAAGACGGUGCAGGUAGCCGCAUUCCUCACUGCUGCCUUCGGUAAGACUGGCGAUGUACGCGAUAAGAAGCGCAUGCGCAAGAUGAGGAGAGCCGGCGAGGACUAUUGGUAUCCGCGCGUCCUCAUCGUCUGCCCCGGAUCCUUGAUCCAGAACUGGAAGAACGAGUUGGACAGAUGGGGAUAUUGGAUAACUGAUCUCUACCACGGCCCCGACAAGGACUCUGUUCUGCAAGCUGCCAAGGCUGGUCGCAUCGAGAUCAUGAUCACUACCUACACGACAUACAAAAACCACAGGGAGAACAUCAAUACAGUCCAGUGGGAUGCAGUGGUCGCUGAUGAGUGCCAUUCGCUCAAGGAUCGCAAGUCGGGCGUGACGCAGGCCAUGAACGAGGUCAACGCAUUGUGUCGGAUCGGCCUGACGGGCACAGCCAUCCAGAAUAAGUACGAAGAGCUAUGGACGCUGCUGAACUGGACCAACCCUGGGCACUUUGGGACUUUGAGCGAGUGGCGCAAGCACAUCAGCACGCCGCUCACAAUCGGACAGUCCCACGAGGCCACAUUGUACGAGCUGAGCAGGGCACGCAAGACAGCCAAGAAGUUGGUACACAACCUCUUGCCGGAAUUCUUCUUGCGCCGCAUGAAGACCCUCAUUGCUCAUCAGCUCCCAAAGAAGAGUGACAAAGUCGUCUUUUGUCCGCUAACUAACAUCCAGCGGGAAGCGUACGAGAAUUUUCUGGAGAGCGACAUAAUCGAAAUGAUACGAAGCGCACCGGAGCCCUGUCACUGCGGCUCUGGCAAGAAGAGAGGAUGGUGCUGCCAUAGGUUCUUACCUAACGGGAAGACGUGGCAGGCAUAUGUCUUUCCAGCAAUGUUCACCUUGCAAAAGCUCUCGAACCACCUCAUGCUGCUGCUCCCGACCUCGAGCCACUCUAGCGAGAAGACGGAGAGCGAGCUCGAAACAUUGCAGACUUGUCUGCCUGACAAGUGGGACGACCUCUACAGGCAUCGAGACUCCAUGCUCAACCUUGCCACCCCCGAUUUCUGCGGCAAAUGGAAGGUCUUGAAGAAACUACUCCAGUUUUGGUACGCCAACAAAGACAAGGUCCUUGUGUUCUCUCACAGCGUGCGGCUCUUGAACAUAUUGAAGAACCUCUUCAGCAGCACGAGCUACAACGUGAGCUACCUCGACGGCUCCCUGAGCUACGAGGAGCGGCAGCAGGUAGUCGACAACUUCAACUCGGACCCGAGCCAGUUCGUCUUCCUGAUCUCCACCAAGGCCGGAGGCGUCGGCCUGAACAUCACCUCGGCGAACAAGGUCGUCAUCGUCGACCCGCACUGGAACCCGGCGUACGACCUGCAGGCGCAGGACCGGGCCUACCGCAUCGGCCAGGUGCGCGACGUCGACGUCUUCCGCCUCAUCUCGGCGGGCACCAUCGAGGAGAUCGUCUACGCGCGCCAGAUCUACAAGCAGCAGCAGGCCAACAUCGGCUACAACGCCUCGAGCGAGCGCCGCUACUUCAAGGGCGUGCAGCAGGACAGCGGGCGCAAGGGCGAGAUCUUUGGCCUCGACAACCUGCUCACCUACCGCCCGGACCAGGUCGUCCUGCGCGACAUCGUCAACAAGACCAACAUCGCCGAGGCCAAGGCCGGCGUCGCGCUGUCCGACAUCGACCUGGAGAAGGCGGCCAGGGACGAGGACGACGAGUUCGGCGUCGUCAAGAAGGAAGGCUACGACGGGGUCGGUGGCGCCGGCGGCGACGAGGACGGCGGCCUGAGCCAGCUGGCCGAGCUCCUGACGGCCGAGAACAAGGACGAGGCGCUCAGCGACCGCCGCAGGGCGAGCAAGAAGCCCCGGAGCGACGCGGUGCAGGCCAUCCUCGCGUCCGUGGGCGUCGAGUACACGCACGAGAACUCGGAGGUCGUGGGCUCGAGCCGCGUCGAGGCGCAGCUCUCGCGCCGCGCCGAGCUCGUGGAGGACGACGAGUGGUCCGGCCAGGAAGACGAAGAGGAAUACGAUAAUGACGACGACGACGCCGCAGCCAACAGCGGAGACGGAGGCACGCCGGGUCCUACUGCCCGCCACCACCAUAGGCACAGCGCGCUGUUCGCCGACUCGCAGGCCAACAGCGUGCCCGCCCCGAGCGGCCACCGGCACCUCGUCUACCGCCCGCCCCGCGACGUCAUGGGCCGCCAGUUCUGCUCCAUGGCGCGCGAGUUCGGGUUCGGCAGCGCGACCGACUUUGCGCUCGUCGUCGAGAGCUGGACGCAGGAGCAGCGGCGCAACUGCCUGGACCUGUUCUACAAGCGGCGCGAGGCGCGCCUCGCCGAGCUCGAGGGCGCGGGCGCGGGGGCGGUGGUCAAGGGGGAGGAGGAGGGCGGCGGCGACGAGCAGCUCGUCGUGCUCAAGAAGAAAGACGAGAAUGAUGAUGAUGUCAAGGUCAAGAAGGAGGUCCUUGAUGCCGCCGAGCAGAUGGGCAUCGAAGACGCAAAGGUGGAGGUUGAGAACGCCCGUGCCGAUGGCGGUGCUAUGGGUCGCAUGGUGGUCAAAGUGGAAGAGGAGACGAUGGUCGCCGUUAAGGCCGAGCCCGUCGACGAGACCGCGGCCAUCAUGCUCGACGACGAUGCCACGGAGGACGGCACCGACGAGCCUGCGGUCAGCGUCAGGGCGGAGGAGGCGGAGCUCGAGGCGAAGAAGAGCGAUGUCAAACUGCCGCCCCUUUCUGACAAAGGCAAGCAGCCGGCAGUGAUGUGCCUGGACGAGGAUACGGAAGAUGAUGAGACGGACGAAUUGUAG